UCUACAAUCUAUAUAAACCCAUCUCCAUUUUAAAAUUGUUUCACCCUAACAUCCAUAUCCAACUAGCUGUAUUUAUUUAUUCAUUUAUUUGUUAUUUUCUUGGAUUAAUUUAUCAUGUUAAGGGCUACUUCAGUUUCAUCAAUCCUGAUGAUUUUUUCAGGCAUUGUUUUGGCAUUAGAAAUUUGUUCUAUGCAAGCUGAGGCUAGAGCAUUCUUUGUGUUUGGGGAUUCACUUGUUGACAGUGGCAACAACAACUACCUUGCAACCACCGCUCGUGCUGAUUCUUAUCCUUAUGGAAUUGAUUAUCCAACUCAUCGUGCUACUGGCCGUUUCUCCAAUGGCCUUAACAUUCCUGACAUUAUCAGCGAGCGAAUCGGAUCUGAACCUGUAUUGCCCUAUCUGAGUCCGGAACUAACAGGAAAAAGGUUGCUCAAUGGUGCCAAUUUUGCUUCUGCUGGAAUUGGAAUCCUCAAUGACACUGGUGUUCAAUUUCUGAACAUUAUCAGAAUGUAUAGACAAUUUCAAUACUUCGGAGAAUACCAGAGGCGGGUUCGUGCUCUUAUCGGAAGUAGUCGAACUAAGCGACUUGUAAAUGGAGCACUUGUCCUCAUCACUGUUGGUGGCAAUGACUUUGUGAACAACUAUUACUUGGUUCCCUAUUCUGCCAGGUCUCGCCAAUUUGCGUUGCCGGAUUAUGUCAAGUAUCUCAUUUCAGAGUACAAAAAGUUAUUAAUGGCGCUAUAUAAACUAGGAGCACGAAGAGUACUCGUGACAGGCACUGGACCAUUGGGCUGUGUCCCAGCAGAACUAGCUAUGCGGGGAGCAAAUAAUGGUGGCUGCUCAGCGGAACUUCAGCGAGCUGCUUCCUUGUACAACCCACAACUUGUUCAAAUGCUGAAUGGAUUAAACAGAAAGAUCGGUAAAACUGUCUUUAUUGGAGCAAAUACACAACAAAUGCAUAUGGACUUCAUCAGUAGUCCCCAAGCAUAUGGAUUUACUACAUCAAAGGUUGCCUGUUGUGGACAAGGACCAUAUAAUGGUCUUGGACUGUGCACAUUAGCAUCAAAUUUGUGUCCGAAUCGAGGCCUUUAUGCGUUCUGGGAUCCAUUUCAUCCAUCUGAGAAGGCAAAUAGGUUGAUUGUUGAACAAAUAUUCUCUGGCACUACCAAUUACAUGGUCCCUAUGAAUCUUAGCACCAUCAUGGCCUUGGAUGCCAGAACAUGAUUAAUCCAUUAGUCUCUUAAAAAUAUGUAAGAUUUUGUCAUGAUUCGUAAUUAAUUCCCAAGGAAUAACUGAUAAUUGAAAUAUUUCUGUAAUAUUGCUGUACUUGUUUCUGUUUGCCAAUUAAUAGAAAAGCGACUUGCAACGUUGGUCUCUCUCAA